AUGAGUUCUCAAGAUUAUUCAGUCAAUAGAAUCAGCUUUCUCCGAGUAUCUAAUUUUCAAAAUGCGCAAUUCUGUCUUGUCCUUCUGCCGCUAUGCGGCCUCAUUGCUGCAAAUCCUAUAGCCGAUCUAUCUAAAGGCCCGGACAUCAACAACCCAUCGGCAUCAGAUCCCAAGACACCCCCAAAGAAGAUCUCGUUCCCAAACGUCCGGAUAACCCCUUCCCCAAGGACCAAUGCGGACAGCUAUGCGAUUCUAGCCAACUGCGCCUGGUGGUGGGACACCACUGGAUACUUUCCUGGGGAGCCUGGCAAGCCUGGCCCUUCAUCCGCAGAAGAUGAUUUCCCAAUUUCGCUCUGGGUUGAUCUUGGAAGUACCACAUCUCCAAGUAAAGCCGACUUUGCCAAGCUAUUCUCUGCCGAUGAGGAGGGCUUUGACAGCUCAACGACAACCACCACUACACAUACAACGACCGCCUCGGCGCCGACGGCGACAGCAGACGACACAUGCAAAGAAUCAUACAAGUUCUUUUGGGACCACUUCGAAAUUCACGGGAAGAACUUCGACCCGUCUAAGUUCGGCAAAGAUGGAUCAGGCCUUAAGAAGCAGAUCGGAGGGUGUGGUGCGUUGAGCGGAUGGCACUUUGAAACAGAUACUUCGGGUGGAUGGCAAUGGCAUGCCAAGGGAAACCUGCCGAUUGGAAGUAAGGAUUGUGUUGGCAGAGCUGUUGUAUCGGCUGGUGGUGAGGGCCCCGAUGGUUGCAAAGGCUCUGGAUUGUAG